ACGGAGUUUCACGGGAGCGAGAAACAAGUGCUAUGGGUCGACUGGAAGAAGGUGUCUUUUUGCAGGAAGUGUGUUUUAAACAGUCGUGAUUUAAUGAUGGGAGAGGACGGGGUGAUACACAAACUGGGUAAUAUGAAGGCCUUGCUGGGCAUCAUAGCAGGAGCUGGAGCUUCGUAUGGACUUUACAAAAUGGUGCUGCGCGCCAGCAGAGACGAUCCCGAGAGAAAGAAAGUAAAGACGAGAGACGGUGGAGGAAUCCAGCCAGGAAGUCUGAUGGCCAAAGUGUCUGGAUUUCAUGUGGUUAGUGCGAACCUGAGCAAAGAAGCUGCAUCAGGUGAAAUUCUUUCCAAGUCCCCCAGCAAUCUGGAGCCUAAACAUCUCAGCAUGCUUCUCUCUCUUCUACAGAGAAGCCCGAACCCAACCGAAAGAAAACAGGUCCUUAUAACUUUAGGAAAUGCUGCAGCGUUUACAGUGAACCAGGAUCUCCUUCGUGAAUUCGGAGGUCUUCACGUCAUCGCCAGCUUCCUUUCUGACCCUGAACCCGACGUCCGAGUGCAAACCCUGAACGCCUUGAAUAACCUGAGCAUGAACAUCCGCAAUCAAGAACAGCUGAAGAUCUAUGCUCCAGCAGUGUUGGAGUUGAUCGAGAUGUCCCCGGUGAACUCGGACCUUCAGUUGGCCGGACUGAGGUUACUGACAAAUUUGACAGUCACGGAUAACCAUCAACAUUUACUGAAGAGCUCCAUCACACUCUUCUUGUCUCUACUUGUAGUGAGCAACGAUGUUCUUCAGAUCCAGGUUUUGAAGGUUUUAGUCAAUUUAUCAUCCAAUCCAGACAUAAUGGAUGAGCUAGUACAAGCACAGGCUCCGGCCUCGCUGGUGCUGCUCUUCGAUUGCUGCACGAGCACAGAAGUGCUUCUUCGCCUUCUGGUCUUCAUAGGAAACCUGCGGGCAUGGAGACCAUCUGCACAGGUGGCUGAAGCUCUGAGGAGGCAACAGGACUCCCUCUACUGUGUGCUACUAGACAGUUGCUCUCAGAUACACCACAGACUCCCUCUACUCCUUUCCCACCCUGACGCAGAGGUCAGAGCUCAGGUGGUGCGACUUCUCGCUUAAACCCUCCUCUGGACUCCAUCUUGAACUCCUUUAGACCUGCUGUGUUUAAGGUCCGAACUCACCUGACCAGUGCACUUAGAACUACAGUUAUGUGUGUCAUAUUGGGUCUAUAUAGAAAAACAGACUUUUUAACUCAGUUUCUUUCUAAAAAUGAAAAGAAUUCUGGAGCGUUUUCAACCUAAACUAUCGAAUGGUUUCUUAAGGUUUACUUGGAUUGUUAACAGUUCUAGCUUGUUUUUUUUUUUUUGUGAACCCUUCUGCUGUAGAGUUGUUACAAACCAAAGAACCACUGGAACCUUUUUCUGUGAUUACCACAUAAGAGUUUAGACACAUUUCCUUACAGAGAAGAAAAAAAAACAAGGCCAGUUUUAAAUAUAUAAUGCAGAAAUAUUGAUGAGACUAGGUUCUUAGGAUGAAGUAAGAGAUGUAAAAGAAAGCUGUUAUGAAGUUUUGUGUAACCACAAAUUCUUUAAUUUGUUUCACAAAAAUACAUACUCAGCAUAAAUAUUUAUCUACUACCCAAUAUCCUGAUUAUAUUGGAAUUACUGUGUAGUAUUACUUUAAAUACACAUUGUUGGUUAGCAGAAAAUUGGAUGUCUUUCUUUUUUUUUCUUCCCAAUUCUUCACUCAUUCGUGCCUACGUCCCUCCUGAAUGAUGGCAAAGGAAAUGGGACGAGUUUAAAGACAAGAAAUGGAAGUAAAAUAUAUAUGCAUACAGGUGAUAUAUUAGUGUCCACUCACGAGGUGUGGAAGUGUUUGGACCAAUGAACACUAAUUGUGUGAUUCUAUUUUGGAAGAAUGGUGUUCAUUCAUUCUUAGUCGUAGAGACUUGGAGUUUGCCAAGGGGCAUUAAAGCAGUUCUGAUGACUCAUUUGUUUUUCCCAUAAAUUUGUCACCUGUCUGAUAAUAGAAUGUUACUUCCUCAGAGAAGUUUCAUCGUAUAGUGUGUGCUCAGUGAAUGCCUCCUGAGAGGUGCCACUCCUUUGCCACAUAUCAAGUUGCUAGUGCCAAAAACCUUUUCUAACCAAUGAAUGACUCUAGCUGGUCUCCUUCACACAAAGUGCUUCCUGUACCUUUUCUUUUCUUAGCUAAUCUUUUAUUGCAAAAGUGAAAUAUGCCUGAAAUGAAGGAUAAUCGAUUUCCAGCUUGAUCUCUCCAGCUCUGUGUAUUUUUCUGCAUGCAUUUUCAGCGCAAAUGUUUGCCUGCCUAUGCAUUGUUUAACUCUGCAUUAUGUCAGAAGUGGAAUUAAAGGGCUUGUUUGGGUCAUUAAUAUUAUUAUAAAUGGAAAAGCCAGUAAUG